UCUUCUAAAGAUAUUGCCGUCAUGAAGAGGCGGAUAUCAAAUGUUCUUGAACCUGGGGAAACGGUUUUGCAAGCCUUGAGAAGGCUAAAAGGUAACAGUGACAGAAAGGCAAAAAUGUCUGAUGAGACUAAGGUUGUAUUUGACCAGCUAACUGAGGAUGCUAUGAAGCUGAUGGAGAAUGGUGAAUACAAAGGAUAUGAGAAGUUAGCCCGGGCAAAAGAAGGUCCAUCAAAUCAACAUUUGGCUAGUGGAGAAGCCUCUAGCACUGGUGAAGGUGAUUAUGAUAUGUUUGCUGACGAGGAUGAUAACAGUAAGCCAUCUACAGAUGAAAAUAAUACAGUUAGUCAAUCUUCAUCGGACGCCAUAAAUUCUGGCACUGAGGGUGGAGCAUUGCAAAAUGAUUAUGUGUAUGAUGAAUCUUCUGGAAUAACGAUUGGAUACUGUCAAAGACUUGGAGCGCAUCAUUUGGCUGUCAGCAUCGAGAAGAGAACGCCCAUCCAACAGCAAGCCAGGACGCUCGUCCAGCGCGCAACGCAGAGGACGCUCGGCCAGCGCUCAGAGAAGUAUAGACUAGGAAGUAUUGCGGUUCAGUCAUAG